UGGACCUUAUAUCGAAAAGAAUAAUGUCUGACGAACCACUAAUACCUGAAUACAAAUACAUUUUUCAGAAAGAUGUAUUAAGAGGUAAAGUGGCGUUUAUUACUGGAGGUGGAACUGGAAUAGGAUUCACGAUCGCAGAAGUGUUGAUGAGACAUGGAUGUGACACAGUCAUAGCUAGCCGCAGACUGGAUGUUGUGAAAAGUUCAGCUGAGAAACUGUCAAAGGGCACAGGUCAAAAAUGUCUGCCACUACAAAUGGAUGUUAGAAAGCCAGAGACUAUAACAAAAGCUAUUGAUGAAGCUCUGGGUCAAUUCAAACAUAUUGACAUCCUUGUCAACAAUGCAGCAGGAAACUUUCUAUGUCCAGCUGAGAACCUUUCUUUUAAUGCCUUCAAAACAGUUAUGGAGAUUGAUGCUCAUGGAACCUUUAAUGUCUCCAAAGCUGUGUUUGACAAGUACAUGAAGAGUAAUGGUGGAGUUAUUAUCAAUAUUACGGCAACACUUAGUUUUCGUGGACGGAUUUUACAAACACAUGCAGGAUCAGCCAAAGCUGCCAUUGAGGCUAUGACUAAACAUUUGGCAGUAGAGUGGGGACCCAAUGGAGUAAGAAUGAUGUGUGUUGCACCUGGCCCCAUAGCGGACACGGAAGGAAUGAAGAGACUGGGAGGAGAAAGAAUCACUGAUGCCUUUGUAAAGUCAAUACCAGUCCAAAGACUUGGGAAACGAGAAGACAUUGGUAAUACUGUGUUGUACGUAGUAAGCCCUGCCGCAGAGCUAUUGACGGGGACGACAGUGAUCGCAGAUGGGGGAGCAUGGCUCACAAGUGAAAACAAUUACUGGGCUCUGAAAAACAGCCCUGUCUUCAAAAAGAUAUCUAAAAUGUAACAGUGACAGCUGAUAAGUGUGUAAGUGUCUGUGAUAGAAAUGAAGACAAUGCAUUUUGUACACAGGGAACAUAACUAUAUGAUUGUAUAGUCAGAACUAAUCUUAAUUAUCCAUGAUUGUUAUGUUAUUGUUUAUUUAUAUCUCUUUAGUUAUCUCACAUUCUACUAUGGUUAUUGCAAAGAUCAAAGAUAUGCUGCGGCUAUUAUUCUCCAAUAAAUCACAAACGUC